UCUGAGGACUGCAGCGUCGUCUGAUUCAUCCUCAUUUUCAUACUCGUAUGGCCUGUUUUUAGAUGUCAUCACUUCAAGUAUAUUCCAUUUUUUCUUUCAUUUGUUUCCCACUUGCAUAAUAAUGAACAUAUAUUUAUUUAAAAAAAAAAAACCUUUAUACCAUUAUUUUUUAAAACCUCUGAUAGCUGAAAGGGAAACAGAAGCUGACAUUAUCUUUUAAAAACAACAAAUCCUGCUAUGCAAAUGCCAAGUGUCCUAACAUGUUUUUUUCCCUCUUAACAAUUAUUUAAAAAUGUUCUUUCUUGUCUGUUCGCUGUAGUAUUUCAACAGAGAUGAGAAAGAGUUAUGCAAAUACAAAUGAAAACAUGUCAGUAUAGCCCUCAGCAUUUCGCACAGUGAAAACAGACAAUGAUUCAUUGCAGCAGUAAUAUGAAUGAGUUGUUUGAAAUGCUCUAAAAUAUUAGUGUAUAAAAUAAACAAUGCUAAACAAUGUCAAUCACUCUGCCAUUCCCCUCUCCUCCAUCUGUGCUCUUUUGCUUUCAUUCAGACUGACUGGCUGGAGGCCAAACAACCUGACUGCUCCAAACACUUCUACAUCAGCAGACCUGUCACCAUGGCAACAAGACCCACGGCCUGGCAGGAGCAGUGCCCUGUCAACUUACUUGACGAGUCGGUCAAUGAGUCUUGGGCGAGGGGUGACAACUUCCCUCUGAAAGGCUUAAAGGCACCCAAGGCAGAACCCGAGGAGGAUAUAGACACCCUGGAGCCUGAUGCUCAGGUCAAUAUUCAGCGGGAGAAAGAGACUAUCUCAAAAAUCAAAACAGCUGAUGCGACUAAAAUGGAAAAUGAAGGAGCUGCGAGAAUAAGGGAGACAGAGGAAGCAGUGAUGGGAUCAGAGCAAGUUCCUAAAAACCUAUCGGGAGGACUAAAGACUCAAGAGGAACCUGAAGUUGAGUUAUGCGAGGAAGUUUUCACGCCUACACCUUCCUUGGGUGCCUUAUCAGCAGGAGUACACCGUGACAAAGAGGGCUUUUCCAGCCCUGAGGGUGAGGUGGCAGAGUGUAUCAGUGAUGUUGAUGUCAUUUCAGACCCAACAGAAGACAUUACUUCUUUAGAUAGCCAGAAUAGUCGAGAAUGGUUAAAGGCAUCUCAGAUGACUGAACCAGCUGAUCAGAAGACAUAUAAACCAUCUGUAACAGAUGUAAUAAGUACCGGUAUAGUGGAAAAUAAUGUGUUACGACCUGCUCACCCUUCUUGCUCUGACAUUAACAUUACAGAUGACGCGCAUACUGUGAGUUCCCCUCCUUUUGCAGAUGAAAGUGAGGAAGAAGAGGAAGUGGGCAUUGCUAUUAUGGAACUGAACACAUUAAAUAUCAACAGCAAGUCUUUCCAACCUUUAUAUUUAGCUUCCACUAAUCAAGAGACAGACUCAGCUUUGCAUGCAAAACCCUCAGAUAAACACCAGGAGGGGCUGUUGUUAAAGAACCAACGUGAACCUGCCCUCAGAGGUGUAAACCAGGAAGCAAGACAACAGGUGCCUGGCCAGGGAUCUCCACCUUUGUCGACCGUUGCCAUGGAGCCGUCCAAUCCAGGUGGGGCUGCUUCUGCUACAGGCUUUGCUUGCGUUGUUGCUGUGAGAGAAAGGCACAGCAGGGCGGGGGAAAGAACAGAGGGAGAAAAUGAGCAAACAGGUGGGGAGGAAGGGCAGAAAGAGAGCGGACUUAAAAGGAACAAGCCAGCUGGUCAGCAACACAGCGGGAGACUGUUGAGAUAUUCACAAACAGUCCAAAUACAAGAGCCGGAGAUAGAAAAAUAUAGCUGUGGUGUGUCUCUGAAGCACAGCAACCACACCAGGAUGGAGAAUGACUCAUGUGACGAUAGCCAGAGUGACAGUGGCGUAUCAGCUGAUUUCUCCCCGUCCAACACUUUGGAGAGCUCUCCAUCAACUGUAUCCAGAGAGACUCCCAUUGAGAGGGAGAUCCGAAGGGCUAUAGAGCGGGAACAUAGCCUGAGAAGAUCCAGAGGGCUUCCAAAUCUACGCAUCACUCCAGAGUAUGUAGAGGUUCCCUUAAGAAAAACUGUUCUUUCCAAUUCAGUAGCUGCGAAGACUGAGUGGUGUCAGGACAAAGAUAGAGAGUUUGCUGGCAAAAAGAUGCUGUAUGAGAUUCAAACGGAGACCCAGAGGGAGCAGGAUCUGGUCAAGCUUGGGAAAAUUCCAGGUUUUUAUGAUAAAGGCACAGUCCGACAAAUAAGGGAGAAGAAACAGAUCUAUGAGACCUUUCAGACACCCAGUGACUCAACUUUUACAGCCUCAACCAGUCGCAGGGCCCCAUCGGUUUCUUCUGUCAGCAAUGGUUCAACUCCCAAGAAGCAGGAAGACAUCUCAUCACAGGUGUCCACCACAGAAGACACACGUGUCGAGAAGAGACACAGUUUGGAUCUUCUUAGCCCGACACAGACCCCAAACUCUCCCAUAGGACGGAGUGUAACCAAAAACACUCUUCAAGGACCGGGUAUCUCACAGGGGACAAGUCGACAAGUCAUAAUCUUAGAGAACAACCUGAAGAACACAACACCGAAGAAACACCAAGACAAAUCAGAGGGUAUUACUGUUGUCGACUCUGGAAGUCCUUACAUCUUAUUGUCACAGAAAGGAGGGAAUGAAAAAGUAACAGAAAAAAGACAAGAAAAGGAGGAGGUGGAGGAUUUAGUACCCAAGGAGAACCCUUUUUUCAAGCUGCGCUCUUCAAAUAAUUUAGUGAAAGUGAAGGAGGAUAUCCAGGAGGCCCAGAAGAGGGAGAAGGAGCUUCGCAAGCAGAGGAUUAGUCUGUAUGGGGGCAGUGGUGGUGUUGGUGGUACACAAGGACAAGGAGGGGGAGAAAGAGAGGGAGGAAGGCCAGUCAGCAUGGAGUUAAAGAGUCCUGUGCUGUCAUUAAACGGACUGUCCGUUGCUGACGCACCUGGGUCAUCAUCCAAAGGAGAAACUGGACCCUCAGCAGCGCGCCUGUCAGUCAGCAAGUCAUUUGUGUGGCCCCCGGUCCAGGCUGAAGACGAGAAGAUUAACCGGCCAGAGCUCCCCCAGAGUCCUCGUACCCCUAGACAGAAGUCUCCUCUAGUGCUGCGCUGGGAAUCAGGUCUGAUCAAUGGACACAACAACAAGGACUUGGACUGAGAAAGGUCUUUUUACAGAGACCUGCAGACGGGAAUGAGGAACAACGAUGAAGAGGAAGAAGGAGGGAAUGUGGAAUGAGAAAGAGGUCAGGGAUUGAGGCUAGAAAAGGGGUCGGGAGUAUUGGGAGCAAGGAACAUGAUUUGUGGUGGACUAAAAAAAAACCUGAAGAGUCCUUCAGCAAAGAAGAGAUGUGAAUGGAGAACGUGGGGCACCUAUAAGUAGAUAAGCUCAUGGCCUGCUUCAGGUGCUGAAAACCCUUAAGACUAAUGAAUGUAAAAAGACAAUAAAAAUAAAAAUAAUAUGUGGGAGAAAAGAAGAAUUUAGGAGAUUUUCAAACAAUCAGGAACUCCUUCAUCUGUGGAUUUCUUAUGUUUUGAAAAAACAAUGUGUCAUCAAGAGUCUUAUGUGCUUAACAAUAUCUACAUAGAGGAAAUAAUUUAGUUUAUCACACAUGUAAACACCUUAUGCAAUCUGAUACAACAGCCAUGUAAUAAACCCUAUCUUUGCCUAGCUCUGUCUCCUGACUUUUUAUUGACUCUGUCAGAAUGCUGUUGGUUUUUUUUAUUGAACUCUUUGGCCAUUUUGAAGAUUGCAGUUAGAGACCAGUGAUAUUUGAUUGCAUUAUAAAAUAAUUACUUCAGCAAUAUAUUUCCAAUGACUAAUCUUGAGCUAAUCACAUGGCCACUCUACUGGGAACUCAGGAUUUACUGGGAUUUUUUUGCUGAGAACAGAAUUUUCCAGUUCUACCAUGGUCAUCCAAUACCCUUCAGAACACUGGAGCUUAAUCAUUCUCUCGACCCUUGACGAGUUCAAAGUACUGAUAAAAUAUUAUGUAACCGAAGAGUGCAAACUGCUAUUCUGAAUUUAGAUUUCAUAUUUUGUACAAGUUGUACUUCCUUGGUUUUAAUGUGCUCAAGUUUUCUGUUUUUAUGUGAUUGAUUUUAAUUUCCUUUUCAUCUUUUUUAAUUGAAUCCUUGAUUGAAAAUAUGCAAGCAAUAUAAAUUAGCACCUCUCAGUGAUAAUUUGCUACAGGUUUAUAGUAUUUGAUUACAUACCCAAGGGGUUCCUAGUAAAUUGCUAACUAAAAAAUGUAGUGUGCAUAGACCAGUGAUCUGAGUCAGAGGUGGACUGAAACAAUAAGUCUACCCAGACUACUGUGCUUGCAAACCAACAGACUUCUAAUUUCAACACUAUGUUGUGUUUUCAAUGGGCUGUUGUAAUAUCAGAGUGUCAUUUUGUGAUUAUUGUGUCCAGGUUUGACUUUAAUGAUAUUAUUGUAAUUGUCCUUUAUCAUCUUAUGGCACUGAAGAUACAAGUGAAGGGAGGUGUAGCCUGGGUCUGAAUCCCAGCUGUCAAAUCUCACAGUUAUUGUCAAUACAGGUACACAGCGCCAACCUUGGUGCUAUUUGUUCACUAUUUACAUAGGAUAAAAGUCAUUCAGUUUACAAAAGCAAAUAUUUGGCACUAACAAACCUCAACACUGAGUUAUUAAGGUAUGCUGAGCCCUUAAUGAGCCUUUAAACACUCAGGAAUACAUCAAACAGAGCAUGUACUACACAGAUGUAAGUCCAGACAUCAGAAAUUUUAAGGCCAAAAUGACCCUUAGGCCACAGGUAAAAAUAUCUACGACAUUCCUCCAGCAAUCUAUUUUAUUGCACCAAAUAUCUCACUCACAUAUUAUUUUUUUGUUACUAUUCAUGAAUAAGUUCUGGAAGCUGAAUUCAAGGGCAAUAAAAGCACGUUUAUAAAAAGUAGAAAGUUGUGAGUUUGUGAGCUGAAUUAUGACAUAACAGUCAUUCACUGAUGAGAGAACAGUGGAAAGAAAAAUACUCAAAUACAUGCUCAAAUACAGGUGUUCAUUGUUCUACAUGUGCAUGUAAAUUAGUCUGUAUUUCAUACAAAACUUGUUCAAAUUAAAGGGAUUAACUGGUAAAGUGUCACGGUUAGCUGCUGUUUUAAGAAUUUACCUGUCUUAUAGGAAUGCUUGGACUUUUCCAUUCAUUUAAAAGGCCAUUUUCUUUCCCACAUUACCCUCAUUAUUCUUUGCAUGUUUAAAUCUGUGAAAUACAAUUUUAAAAAUCUGUGAACGUUACCCUCUGUACUGCUCAUCUAUUCUACUGCGUUCAUCUUCUUAACCCGACAUGCCUCAUAAAUGCCAAAGAACUUCUGGGUUUGGAAGAUCUUUUCUUGAAUUAAGCAGCACGACUGCCCUGGUGGACCUUCCUGUGGGUGUAGAUGAGUGUAGAUGAGCUGAGAUCAUGCUUUAGUGACCUUCCAGUCUCCUUUAAAUAAUUUAUCACCUCAUUCUGACUGGACGCAGCCCAGUGACAUUGCGGGCAAAUUAUUAUGGUGGAGCCACAGGAACUAAAGUGCUCAAAAUUAUUAAUAAGUUCAACUUCUCACUGUGCUGCACAACGCUGGAAGAAACUACCUGAUGUUCUUAGGAAUGUCUCAAUCAUCUGUACAUUAUUAAAUCAUAACAUUAAAAAAAUAUUUUUCAAUCUGGAUGGUGAUAUAUAGCCAUUAAUAUUACUUAUUAUUUUAAUCUAUGUG